AUGUCCUUCUCCAAUCCUCGAGAAUCCGUCUUCAACCAGCCCAAGCCGGUGGUCCAUCUGCCUCCAGAUCUGCUCGCUGCCGUCACAAAGGGUGCUGAGCCAUACCCUAUCCCUCCGGGCAAGAAAUAUCAAUAUGGCACCGCAGGAUUCCGCAUGAAAGCAGCUGGAAUUAGCAAUGCUGGGCUGGACCAUGUCAUAUACACUGUGGGACUCAUUGCAGCGGCCCGGUCAAAGAAGCGCAAUGCGACAAUCGGGGUCAUGAUCACAGCCAGUCACAACCCCGCCGAUGAUAAUGGAGUCAAGUUGGUAGAUCCUAUGGGUGACAUGCUCGAGCAAUCGUGGGAAGGUCUUGCAACCACGUUGGCCAAUACGCCCAACGACAAGCUGGCAAAGGCAUACGAGGAACUGGUCAAUGACACCCUGGUUGACGAGAUCCGACAGCUGCACGAGCGGCCCGCCAAGGUCGUGUUUGCCCGUGAUACCCGUGCCUCGGGCCCUUACUUGAUCACGGCGCUGAAGGCAGCUUUGGACGCUGUCAAGGUCGAAUACACCGAUUAUGGCCUGCUGACCACGCCUCAACUGCACUAUAUCGUUCGUUGCGUCAACACGCUCAACUCCCCGUAUGCCUUUGGCGAGCCCACCGAAAAGGGGUACUACGAAAAGAUGGCUACGGCAUUCAAGACUGUCAUGCAUGGACGGGCGAUUCAGGGUCCUCUCACAGUGGACUGUGCCAACGGCGUCGGAGCCCCGAAGCUGAAGGAGCUGAUCAAGUACCUCCCAAGCGGGAAAGAAGGCGGAAUCGACAUCAAGGUGGUGAAUGAUGAUGUGGUCCGACCCGAAGCUCUCAACCUUGAUUGCGGUGCAGAUUAUGUCAAAACCAAGCAGCGAUCUCCGCCCAGCUCGGCCGCCCAGCCUGGCGACCGGUGCUGUUCUCUUGACGGGGAUGCAGACCGUGUAGUCUACUAUUACACCGACGAGUCCAAGACAUUCCACCUCCUGGAUGGGGAUCGGAUCGCCACCCUUGGAGCUGUAUUCCUCGCCGACAUGACCCGCGUUGCUGGAAUUGACCAGAAACUCAAGAUCGGUAUUGUUCAAACAGCCUACGCCAACGGAGCAGCCACCGAGUACGUGGAGAAAGUCCUGAAGCUCCCAGUCACCAUUACUCCCACCGGGGUCAAACAUCUUCACCACGCUGCUGCCCGGUACGACAUUGGAGUCUAUUUCGAGGCCAAUGGCCACGGGACAGUCCUCUUCUCCGACAACGCCAUCAAGGUGAUCAAGGAGGCGGUGCCCAAAUCGCCCGGCCAGAAACAUGCCCUUGAAUCUCUUCGUGCUUGCAUCGACUUGAUUAAUCAAGCUGUGGGCGAUGCCAUCUCCGAUUUGUUGUUUGCCGAAGUCGUGUUGGCUCACAAGUCAUGGACGCCGGAAAACUGGCGCAACACCUACAUUGACCUUCCUAACCGUCUAGUGGCCGUCGCGGUGCAUGAUCGAUCCAUCUUCAAGGCCACGGACGCAGAGAGGCGGCUCGAGUCCCCCAAGGGUGCGCAGGAAGACAUUGACCGCUGCUGCCAGAUGUAUGUCAAGGGGCGUGCUUUCGCUCGAGCUUCGGGAACGGAAGAUGUCGUUCGCGUCUACGCCGAGGCACAUUCCAAGACGGAGGCAGAGAAGCUUGCAUCCCAGGUGGCCGAAGUAAUCAAGAAAUACGGGUCUGCCUGA